AUAAAAUCCUAUUUAGAACACUUUCCCGUCUCUUGUCUCUCCCUCGCUCCACUCUACAAAGAGAGACGCAGGAAGUAAGGACAAGCAAGAUGGUGCAGCGACUGACAUACCGGAAGCGACAUAGCUACGCCACCAAAUCCAACCAGCACCGUGUCGUCAAAACCCCUGGUGGGAAAUUGGUGUACCAGACCACCAAGAAAAGAGCUAGUGGACCUAAGUGUCCUGUCACUGGCAAGAGGAUUCAAGGGAUUCCUCACUUGAGACCUGCGGAAUACAAGAGGUCCAGAUUGUCUAGGAAUCGCAGGACUGUAAAUCGUGCCUAUGGUGGUGUCUUGUCUGGAAGUGCUGUCAGGGAGAGAAUUAUCCGAGCUUUCUUGGUAGAGGAGCAAAAGAUUGUGAAGAAGGUUCUGAAGAUUCAAAAGGCAAAGGAAAAACAAGGUUCAAAGAGUUAAAAGAGAGGUUCAUGGAGUAAUGUGUCCUGGGUUUCAAUGUUUGAGCAAAAUUUUGAUGUUUUUGAGGAUGAUGAUUUUUAGCGUGUUUGAUAUUUAUGCUUCGACUUGCCUUUUAUUCAAUUUGACUAGAUAGCACUGUAAACUUCAUGUUUUAUGAUAACCAGUGUUUUAAUGA